GGCGGCGGAGCUGUCCCGUCAGCCGCCGGCGACUUCCCCUCAGGAACUCCGGUCUCCGCCUCCUGCUCUCACCCCGCUUGCUCGGCGGCGGAGGCAGCGGUGGCGGCAGCGGUUGUCCCUGCCUCUCCGCCUCCUCCACCUCGGCCUACCCACUGGCCGGCGGCGGUGGCGGGGAGGGGACAGUAGUUGUAGACGGCCGCCCCUUCCUCAGAGAAGAAUCCUGGCUAUGGAAGAAAGAGGACCAUAUAUUGGACUCCAAUUCAGAGCAUCUACAACCCUCUGGAGAACCUUGCCCUGGGACAAGCAGAGGUAUUGUCACAUAGCCAGCCCUGUAACUGAGUCUUCAGAAGGCCAUUCCACCAUUCUAUCAAGCCUGCUGCUUCAGUGUGUCACAUUGAUUGAUUUGUGGAUAUUGAACAAUCCUUGCAUCCCUAGAAUAAAUCCCAGUUGCUCAGAUAGCUGUGAUGCUCCUCUGGCGUCUGCCCUGCCCCGGGCUUCCUUCAGCAGCUCCUCAGAGCGGUCCAGCAGCCACGGCCCUGGCUUCGCAAGCCUUAAUCGCAGAGACGGAGCUGGUGGCUGGUCUCCCCUUGUGUCAAAUAAAUACCAGUGGCUGCAGAUUGACCUUGGAGAAAGAAUGGAGGUCACAGCUGUGGCCACCCAGGGAGGAUACGGGAGCUCCGACUGGGUGACCAGCUACCUCCUGAUGUUCAGCGAUGGCGGGAGGAACUGGAAGCAAUAUCGACGAGAGGAAAGCAUCUGGGGUUUUCCAGGAAACACAAAUGCAGACAGCGUGGUGCACUACAGACUCCAGCCUCCCUUCGAAGCCAGAUUCCUGCGCUUUCUCCCCUUAACCUGGAAUCCCAAGGGCAGGAUUGGGAUGAGGAUUGAAGUGUACGGAUGUGCAUACAGAUCUGAGAGGGUUCAUUUUGAUGGGAAAAGUUCCUUGCUGUACACAUUUAAUCAGAAAUCCAUGAAUCCAACAAAAGAAGUUAUUUCUUUGAAAUUUAAAACCAGAGAGAACAAUGGGAUUCUACUCCACAGAGAAGGACCAAAUGGUAAACAUAUCACCCUGGAGUUAGUUAAAGGAAAACUCAUCUUAUUCCUUAAUUCAGGAGAUGCUAACCUGCCCUCCCCUGAUGCCCUCAUGCUGGGCAGCCUGCUGGACGACCAGCACUGGCAUUCUGUCCUCAUUGAGCUCCUCGAUACAGAUGUCAACUUCACCGUGGACACGCACACUCAUCAUUUUCGGGCAAAGGGAGAGUCCAGCUAUGUGGAUCUUGAUUAUAAGAUCAGCUUCGGAGGUAUUCCUCGACAUAGAAAAUCAGUGGCGUUCCCACAUAAAAACUUUCAUGGCUGCUUUGAAAAUCUCUGUUAUAAUGGGGUGGAUAUCAUUGAUUUGUCCAAGAAACACAAACCACAGGUCCUCAUCAUGGGAAAUGUGUCCUUCUCCUGCUCGCACCCUCAAACUGUCCCCAUGACUUUUCUGAGCUCCAGGAGUUACUUGGCUUUGCCAGGCACCCCCGGAGAGGACAAAGUGUCUGCCAUCUUCCAAUUUCGAACGUGGAACAGAGCAGGGCUGUUGCUGACCAGUCAGUUUCAACACAGGUCAGGAGCUUUCAUCCUUGUUCUUAAUGAUGGAAAACUCAAGCUGAGUCUCUCCCAGCCUGGACAUCCAGUAAGGGUCGUCACAGCAGGUGCUGGAUUGAAUGAUGGGCAGUGGCAUUCCGUGUCCUUAUCUGCAAAAGGGAAUCACCUGAGUGUGAUGGUGGAUGGUGAGGCCGCCUCCAUGGCUCAUUCCCUGCGUGGGCAGAUUGAUUCAGGCGACACCUAUUAUUUGGGGGGCUGUCCCGACAACAGCUCUGACCCUGGAUGUGCAAGUCCCCUGGAUGGAUUUCAGGGCUGCCUGAGGCUCAUCUCCAUUGGUGACAAAGCGGUGGAUCCCAUCUCCAUACAGCAGGGGGCGCUGGGGAGUUACCGUGACCUCCAGAUAGACACCUGUGGCCUCACAGACAGGUGUUUGCCCAGCUAUUGUGAACAUGGGGGUGAAUGUUCCCAGUCCUGGGACACCUUCUCCUGCAACUGCGUACACACUGGUUACACCGGUGCAACCUGCCAUUCCUCUCUCUACGAGCAGUCAUGUGAAGCCCACAGGCACAGAGGAAGCUCUUCAGGGCUCUACUAUAUUGACUCAGACGGAAGUGGCCCGCUGGGACCAUCCCUUGUAUAUUGCAACAUGACAGACACCGCAUGGACCUCAGUGCAGCACAAUGGCUCCCACUUGGUUAGUGUCAAAAGCUCGAAUGGAGAAAGCCCCCAUCCUGUGUUUUUCAAGUACACAGCCAGCAUGGACCAGCUCCAGGCCAUAAUUGACGAUGCGGACCACUGCCAACAGAAGCUGACUUUCCACUGCAAGAAGUCAAGGCUUUCAACUCCCCAUGAUGGAACCCCAGUGAGCUGGUGGGUUGGAAGAACCAAUGAAACACACACUUACUGGGGAGGUUCUCUGCCUGAUGCUCAAAAAUGUACUUGUGGAUUAGAGGGGAACUGCAUUGAUUCUCAAUAUUACUGCAACUGUGAUGCUGACCGGAAUGAAUGGACCAGCAACACAGUAGUCCUUUCCCAUAAGAAGCACUUGCCGGUCACUCAGGUUGUGAUGAGAGACACAGGGCGACCACAUUCUGAAGUGGCUUAUACAUUGGGGCCUCUGCUCUGCUCGGGAGACAAUUCAUUUUGGAAUUCAGCUUCCUUCAAUACUGAGACUUCAUACCUUCAUUUUCCUACGUUCCGAGGAGAGCUUAGCGCUGAUGUGUCUUUCUUUUUUAAGACCACAGCUUUUUCGGGGGUGUUUGUAGAGAACCUGGGGAUCACAGACUUCAUCAGGCUAGAGCUGCGAGCCCCUGCAGAAGUGACCUUUUCCUUUGAUGUGGGGAAUGGGCCUUGUGAGGUCACGGUGCAGUCCCCCACUCCCUUUAACGACAAUAGGUGGCACCAUGUGAGGGCAGAACGGAACGUUAAAGAAGCAUCCCUUCAAGUGGAUCAGCUCCCUAGGGAGACCCAAACUGCCCCAGCUGAUGGGCACGCCCGCUUGCAGCUCAACAGCCAGCUCUUCGUGGGUGGAACAGCAAGCAGACAGAGAGGCUUCCUGGGAUGCAUUCGGUCUCUGAGGUUGAACGGGCUGGCCCUGGAUCUGGAAGAAAGAGCCACAAUGACGCCAGGAGUGGAACCAGAGUGUCCAGGACACUGUAGCAGCUACGGACACCUGUGUCGCAAUGGAGGGAGGUGUAGAGAAAAACGCAGAGGGAUCGAGUGUGACUGCACCUUCUCUGCGUAUGAUGGACCAUUCUGCGAGAAUGAAAUUUCUGCCUAUUUUGGAGCUGGCUCCUCAGUGAUUUACGAUUUUCAACAUUACAAUGACACCUUCAGUAAGAACUCUAGCUCCUUUGUGGCUUUAUUUCAUGAGGAUCUGACAUUGACGGGAGAAAUGGCCACACUGAGCUUCCGGACCACAGGGAUGCCCAGCUUACUGCUCUAUGUGAGCUCCUUCUAUGAGGAAUACCUUUCAGUUAUCCUUGCCCCGAAUGGAAGUUUGCAAAUCAGCUAUAAGCUAAACAGACACCGAGAACCUGAUGUUUUUAACUUUGGUUUUAAAAACCUGGCUGAUGGACAGCUUCACCAGGUGAAGAUUAACAGAGAAGCAGCAGUGGUCUUUGUCGAGGUUAACCAGAAUGCAAGGAGACAAGUCAUCCUGUCUUCAGGGACAGAAUUCAAUGCUGUCAAAUCCCUCACGUUGGGGACAAUUUUAGGGCCUCCCGGCGCGGACCGCGACACGCUGCGGGCUGGCGCGCACGGCUUCACCGGCUGCCUCUCGGCAGUGCGCUUCGGUCCCGCCGCCCCGCUGAAGGCGGCGCUGCGCCCGGGCGGGCCCGCCCGGGUCACUGUCCGCGGACACGUGGCCGCCGCGUCCCGCUGCGCGGAGGGGGCGGGGCCCGGAGCUCCAGCGCGGGAGGCGACCCGACCGCUCGCAGGCGGCGCAGGUCGUUCUGGAUCAACAGAUGAGGGAGAGCCCUUAGUUAAUGCGGACAGAAGUGACUCCGCGGUCAUCGGAGGUGUGAUAGCAGUUGUGAUAUUUAUCUUGCUCUGCAUCACUGCCAUUGCUGUACGCAUUUAUCAACAGAGAUGGCUAUAUGAAAAAAAUGAGUCGAAUAUUCCAAAAACUGGAGACAAUGCUGAGACUGCUCUGAAAAGUGAGCUCAACAUGCAAAGUACAGUCAAUGAAAGCCAGAAAGAGUAUUUCUUCUGAUCAGCAGUGGUCGUUUACUUAUUACUAUGAUGAUGUGACCGUCUUGCUAAGCCACAGGCUCGCAGUGGAUGAAGCCCCCCUCUUGGCCUCCUGGGACAGACGGUAGGUGUGCAGCGCCAUCAACUUGCUCACGCAUGGUCCCUGGAGGCCCUGCUCAGUGCUCCUUCUUGAUCUACUUACGUAACAGUGACUUAGGUGUGCUUAUUAAUCACUGUAUGGCAGUUUCUGACUGUUCUGACUUUAUCUCUAAAAUUGAAAUGUAUUUUACAUAAUUACUUUGGGUUUUAAGUGAGAGUAAGAAUUUGAGCUGUGGCCCUACUCUUAAAAAUUCAACACGGAAGUUUAUGAAAGUCAAAGUUGGACUCUGAUGUUUUGUGUUACAUGGAAACCUACAUUAUGCUUCCUUUAUCAAUCACCUGCUGACAUUUAUAAACCAGGAAGUGCUUCUCGGAUGGCCUUCAGCUGCAUUCCCAUAUUCCUGUGAACCAGAGCCCAGUGGCCAAAAAUGCAUUAGAAACCUGAAAAACAUUUUUUUGGCUGAUUGUUUUUACUAUUUGUCUCUUUUAAAUCAGUUUUGAUGCAUUUUAGUGAUGAAAUGAGUGUUGAAUGUCAGCUAUGAAAUUCUGCUAGUAAGUUCAGAUACAGAACAGAGAAUUCAUAGGUAGAAAAAUGUGUAAAUGAUUUCAAUCUGUGAUAAUUUGUUUAUCUUUCUUUGUAAUUUGUCAUUAUACUCUUUGUAAAUUGUAAUAACGAUCACCUAAUGAGCUCACAAAAAAUGUAUAUUUUCUAACUAAACUUGUGCCCAUAUAUAAACUCCAUGUUUAUUAACAUUGGAAAUGUAUCCUCCAUCCACAUCUGAAUGAAAUAUAAUCCUAAAUUUAUUUCCUUUAUAUAUGAGGUGAUUAAGUCACUUCACUUUUCUUUGUAGUCCUGUGAUUUUUUUUUUCUGAAGGUUAUGUGAGCAACCCUUUGAUUUCCUGUGACUCUCUGGCCAUUUAUUAGGGAAGAAGUCACAUUUUGAACCAAAUAUCUUCAUUUUCCUUUCUAAAUUUUGAGCCGAUCUAGGCAAAACAUUCCCUGAGUUAUCCUCUCACCUUGUUACUACUUGGAAUAUCAGCGGAAGGAUGCUUAUGUUAAGGGAAGAUACAGGUUAUAUGAUUUGAACUAAAUUUGUCAUUCCAGUCAAGAUUCUAGGAUCUUGAGAUACGUUUCCAAUAGAGCACCUAAAAUCAACUAGUUCAUUUUAAGUAGGGUAUAUUUGAAUACUAGGAGAGCAAAAAUUUCAUAUUAACUCUGGGGAUUGAUCCAAUAACUACUUUUGUGGCAGUGGUCAUUAGAUAAUUGCAUGGAGUCACUAUUUGUGCUGAAAAGCCAGUUAUAUUAAAAAUGCACUGCCUUCUCUAUAUCCCACCUGCCAUGUGGCUGCCAGGUACUUUGACCACAAUAAGACUAUCUGGAUUUAUAUGCAUUUUGCCUUGCUAUUACAUUUGAGUGUAUACCUACUUUUCUGUGUUCUUUUUGAAGAAUGGGAAAAGAGAUCCUUUAUAUUGUCUUUUCUCAAAAAAAAUUUUCUUAUGGUUUUGUAUUGAUUUUCUACACAGUGUAACAAACUACCACAAAUUUACUGACUUAACACUACACACAUUUCUUAUCUCACAGUUUCUGUGUGUCAAGAUCUGGGCAUGGGUUCACUGAGACUUCUGCAAGGUUGCAAUCAAGUGUCUGCCAGGGCUGUGUUUUCACUUGGAAACUCAGCUAGGGAGGGAUUUGCCUUCUUGCUCCCAUGAUUACUGAUAGCAUUCCAUUCCUUACUGCUGGAGGAUUGAUGGAAGCUUGCUUCUUCAAAGCUAACAGAGGAGAGAGAGGGACUCUAGAGCAAGUCUGCUAGCAAGAAGGAGUCUUGUAUAAUGUAAUGUGAUCAUGGGAAUGACAUCCCAUACCACGUGCCAUAUUCUGUUGGUUAAAAGCAAGUCACAGGUCUCACCGGUACUCAAGGGGAGGGAUUAUAUAAGGACCUGAACCAGCAGGCUGAGAUCAUGGGGACCCCUUUAAAGUCCAUCUACCAUGGAUGGUAUAAUCCAUGGUAGAUAAUAUUGUAUCUAUAUUCAGGUUUCUUUAAAUAAGUGAUGAAAAAAGUUUAGGAUGUCACUAUAGCAAUAUAUGAAGGACCUACCUUGGUAAAUGAAAAACUACAUAUAUGUAGUUUUUUUCCCAAAGGAAUGUGCAGUUUGGGGAAGGAUUCAACACAAAAAUUAUAGGCUCCAUUAAAUGCAUAGCUGAGUGUAAACAUCAUUAAAUCACUGCAGCUUUAACAAGUGAUCACCUUAUGUUCCAAAAGAAUGCACCACUUUGGUACCUGAAAUUUUACCGAUUUAUAGAUAGUGAAAUCCACUGCACCAUGCUCUCUUUUCUAAAGGGAAAACUUUAAAAUAUUUUUACCAAACUUCAGUGAUGCAUCGUCCACUUUCCCUGACUGAUUUGUAAAUUUUUCCUGCUUAUUUAUUAAUAAAAUAACAUUUUUGAAUUAAAUUAGGAAAAUAUUUUAAGAAAAGUUGAAUGAAAUUUGAAUUAUGAAAUUAUAUUGUUUCUCCCUUAAAAUAUUAAAAAAUGUGCAAAUGUAUACAUUCUGUAGUGGUGUGUAUAUUACUUUAUCUCUACUGUAUAUAUAGGGAAUACCGUGAUCUGUUAAUAUUAUUUAUGGUGGUAUUUAACUUAUCAUACGAAAAGUGAAACACAAAGUAACGGAUAUUUACUGACUACUACUACAGCUUAAAAUACCUAUCAAUAUAGAUAUUUAUACCUUUGCCAGAGAACAAUAAUUUAUCAAUCACUAAGUUAUUUGUUGAAUGUUUACUAUAUACUUAUAACUAGUUAAACAUGAUUUUCCUCAGACAGUUGGGUUUCUAGAGCACUAAUUAUAUAUACAGAUUCCAGCAAAUAGCAUCCUUCUAUGAAAUAAAAGUUCAAACAUAAUAAUUCCUCAAGUUUUAUUUUCAAAUAGAAAAGGAAAAUAGCACAUAAUUAACACUCAUUAUUGGAGCUAGAAUUUAGGAAUUUCUGUUUACUUCCUUAUGAAGUGAACCCUUCCCCCCACUACCUCCCCAGUAUUAUUUAGUAUCGUAGAAAAACAUUGGGGAAUUUAUAUUCUGUUUGUCUAAAUAAACACUGCUUCUGGAAUUGUUUUUCAAUUUCUUUCAUGUAGAACAUUUGAUGGAUAAUAGAUUUCAAUGGAUUUUUAAAAAUAAAAUAUGAUGCUCAUGGUCCUUGCCUUGAAAGAAGACAAAUAUGAUUGAAGUACUUUCCAUCUAGUGUUAAGUCUGACUAUGCAGU